AUCCAGAGCAGGAUGAACGGACGCUUCGGUCUCAGUCUCAGCUUCAGUCUGUCGCUGCUCCUUGUGGCGGCAACCAUGUCGCAGAUGCUGCAGCAGGUCCAGGGCCGCAGGAAGUUCUGCGGCGAGGCCCUCAACGAGGCGCUUGACCUGAUUUGUGUUAAUGGUUUCUCACGCAGGAUCAAACGCAACCACAAUUUGGUGCAGGCCCCGGAUCCGAAUGUCCCAUCCCGUAAGUGGGUCGCCCUGCUCCACAAAUUGGAUGGGAUCCCGGGAACGGACACAGGCGCGGGAACAGCAACAGACGGCAAGGGAACACCUGGCGACGGAAAAAAUGGACACAACCUGCGGCGUCAUCGUCGCCGCAUCGCCCACGAGUGCUGCAGGGAUGGCUGCACCUACGAGGACAUUUUGGAGUACUGCGCCUAACCCCCAAGAGGGAGAGCCUACGAUAUGAUGAGGUGAUGACUGGAGGAUGCUGGAGGACUGGCGGCGGAAGAAAACGAAACAAAAAACGAUGACAACACAACGACAAGGACGACAACGGGGCAGCGGGCUGACGAUGUGGACAAUUCCCAUGGGAUGCCAACCGGAAGGCGUUUUGCAAUUCAUUUUUCUACACCUAACCCUAGAAAUAUAAAUAUAAAUGCAUAAACCUAAACAUAAUAUCUUAAAUAUUUCAUUGUAAUAUUCUUAAAGGAAGCAAAUAAAGUUACUCUCCAACCAAGCA